AUGACUGAUGUGAAUGACGAUAAUGAUGAUGGUUUAACAAUUAUUUUGAUGUGUGGUUUGAUAUUUAAAAUUAUUUUAUUUGAAGAAAAUUAUAAUUCAACUUGGGAUCUUCAAUUAAUACUGAUUGACGAUAAACAGUUGACUAUAUUAACUAAUCAGAAAGAUAAAUUACGACAAAAUAAAGAUUUAGCAAUAAUUGCUGAGUUACUAGAGCAUGGAAAUCAAGCAGAUGUGGCCAAUAUCUAUACUCAACAUAUAUCGCGAACAUUGGUAUACAAUCAAAGUUUAACUGUUUCAAUAAACCAAGCAACGAACAUGAAACUCGCGGUUCAACCACGUAUGUGCCUAGACGAUCGAAACUACUAA